AUGGAGAUAUUUAUUAAUUUACCCAUGACUUUAUGCACACUUUACCUGUUAGUCAGCUUUAGCUCGGUUGUGAAUGCAUCACGGAGGUCAGGGACGACAGCUGAUAACAGCAGGGCUGGGACGAGGAGGGCCAGAGCUGUGAACAGACCAACACCCAUCAACUGUAUGCUCGGGAGCUGGUCAUCUUGGACUCCUUGUACCUCCUGCACAGACAAAAAGUUCCGUUUCCGAUACUUGGAGAAGCCGUCACAGUUUGGUGGCACAGAGUGCGUCGAGACACUGUGGGAGAAGCUGGCAUGUCCGACUGCAACUGCGCAGUGUCUGGUGCCAGAAUACUGUGGCGAGAGCUUCACCUGCAGAGAAACUGGGCGCUGCAUCAGCCAGUCCCUUCGAUGUAAUGGAGAGCCAGACUGUUAUGAUUUUUCUGACGAAGACGGCUGUGAAGACUUCAACCGAAGGGACGACAAGUGUUCCACCCUGCUGCCAAUCCCUGGUGCCGGACGUGGCACUCAGGGCUACAAUGUUUUGACUGGGGAGUUUGUGGAUCAUGUAGUCGACCAGAGCUACUUUGGAGGAGAGUGUGAAUAUGUCUAUAACGGUGAAUGGAGGAAAUUCAUCUAUGACUCAUUCUGCGAGAACCUGCACUACAAUGAAGAUGAGAAGAACUUCAGGAAGCCGUACAACUACCACACCUACCGCUUUGUGGCUGAAGCUACGUCAGAGGGCUCUCAGGAGUACUUCAGUGAUGUGAUGAGCUUGUUGAAAGCGAGGAAAGACAUGAGCUCUUCGAGUGGCGGCGUCUCAGUUGGGAUCUAUUAUGUGGAAGUGGGACUGAGUGGAAGUCAGGAAUCUGAGUUUCUCCGGAACAUAACGCAGUAUAAGAGCCAGGACGUAGGCUUCGUCAGACUGUGGUCCAAAGUGCAAACAGCCCACUUCAAAAUGAGAACUAAUAAGCUGAUGCUGCAUGAAGACUUCUAUGUUUCCCUCAUGGAGCUCCCCGAGCAGUAUGACUUUGGGUUGUACUCGCUCUUCUUCAAAACAUUCGGCACCCACUACGUCACCGAGGGAACCAUGGGAGGAACCCUCGAAUAUGUUGUGAUCGUCAACAAAACAGCUAUGGCGGAAUCAAAGCUUGAGGGUGAACAAGCUGGCCGAUGCUUUGGUGCCUCUAUUGGUAUAAGCUACCCUAUGAGCGGCCAGGCAACAGCAGGUCUCAAAGUGGGUGUGAAUCCAUGCAGUAAAGAAGGACAGUUUGAUCAAGGCCACGACAAAAAGUCAGCGGUGAUAGAGGACAUCGUUACUCUAGUGAAGGGUGGGAUCACAGAGAGCAGCACCGGCCUGCUGGCUGUCAGGAACCCUGACACCUACAGGAGGUGGGGAGCGAGCCUCAAAUACAACCCAGCCCUCAUCGAGUAUGAGACAAUGCCAAUUUAUGAGCUAGUGCGCCUCAGCACAGCCGCUGACCACGUAGGUGCAAGACUGGCCAACUUGCGGAGGGGCUGGGACGAGUAUCUGCAGCAGUUCGACUCCUGCCGCUGCGCCCCCUGCAGGCACAACGGGAUCCCUGUCCUCACGGGCACCUCCUGCAAGUGCAUCUGUAAGUCAGGCUACCAGGGGGAGGCCUGUGAAGAGACCCUCAGGAGAGAUGCCAAGACAGAUGGGUCAUGGUCGUGCUGGGGGGCCUGGUCAUCCUGCGCAUCAGGGAGGAGAACUCGGACAAGAACCUGUAAUAAUCCUGCACCCGAGGGAGGCGGAGCGGCCUGCCUGGGCUCCACCUCGCAGACUCAACGCUGUUAG